CGAUUUCAAGAUGGUCGCCUAAGUCGCCGGAAAGUCUUCUUCCGCCUGCCUUUGGACUCCUGUUUUUUUUUUUUUUCCCCUUUCUUUGUGUGAGUUUUGUCUGUGUGUUUAACCUGGUUGUGACGCCUUUUUAGCCCGACGGAAGGAGGGCUGAAGGCGUUCUAAAAUGGCGAACCGUACGGUGAAGGAUGCGCACAGCAUCCAUGGCACCAAUCCUCAGUAUCUUGUGGAGAAGAUCAUCCGGACGCGCAUCUACGAGUCCAAGUACUGGAAAGAGGAGUGCUUCGGCCUUACAGCUGAACUGGUGGUGGAUAAAGCCAUGGAGCUAAGAUUUGUGGGUGGUGUCUAUGGCGGCAACAUCAAGCCCACUCCCUUUCUGUGUUUAACCUUGAAGAUGCUUCAGAUACAGCCUGAGAAGGAUAUCAUUGUAGAGUUUAUCAAAAAUGAAGAUUUCAAGUAUGUUCGUAUGUUGGGGGCACUGUACAUGAGGCUGACGGGGACUGCAAUUGAUUGCUACAAGUACUUGGAGCCUUUGUACAAUGACUAUCGAAAAAUCAAGAGCCAAAACCGGAAUGGGGAGUUUGAACUAAUGCAUGUAGAUGAGUUUAUUGAUGAACUUCUCCACAGUGAGAGAGUCUGUGACAUCAUUCUGCCCCGGCUACAGAAACGCUAUGUGCUAGAGGAAGCUGAGCAGCUGGAGCCUCGAGUGAGUGCUCUUGAAGAGGACAUGGAUGACGUGGAAUCCAGCGAAGAGGAGGAGGAAGAGGACGAGAAGUUGGAAAGAGUGCCAUCCCCUGAUCACCGCCGUCGAAGCUACCGAGACUUGGACAAACCCCGUCGGUCUCCUGCGCUGCGCUACAGGAGGAGCAGGAGUCGGUCUCCCAGAAGACGGAGCCGAUCUCCCAAACGGAGAAGCCCAUCCCCUCGCCGAGAGAGGCAUCGUAGCAAGAGUCCCAGACGUCAUCGCAGCAGGUCUCGAGAUCGGCGGCACAGAUCCCGCUCCAAGUCCCCAGGUCAUCAUCGUCACAGACACAGGAGCCACUCAAAGUCUCCUGAAAGAUCUAAGAAAAGCCACAAGAAGAGCCGGCGAGGGAAUGAGUAAUGGAUUCACUUUGGCUUCAAGUCCAAAUGGCCUCUUCUGCUUGAGGACAUUUGUCUAUGCAGAAGAAUUAAGACCUGUUCCCCAGGCAGCUAAUAAGAAUAUUAUCGUCUUUCUUAUCAA